UUAAUUGUUUCUCAAUCUAUAAAUACUUUACAAUUGCACUAAUUGUAAUGUUACAAAAACUGUCAAAUCAUAUAUCCCGGAGCUUUAGACAGUUGGUAAGUGUAACAGUGUUAAUGAGUGUGGGUGAGUGUCUUUUAUAUGAGCACCGGCAGCAGCCAAAUGUAUAUUAUGGUUUGAGAUGUGCUCAACAACAGGAUGUAGAGAUUGGUAAUGUAGUCAGAAAUUGUCGACCGUUUUUGGUUAGUAUUUUUCUGCCGACACUGUCCGACCAAAUGUUGAUCAGAGGCUACGCCAGUGGUUUCAUUGUGGACAACCAGUUAGGCUUAAUUGUGACCAACAAUCACGUGGCGCAGGCACACGAUAGGCUCAGACUUAUACUGUUUAAUACAACUCGACGCUAUUGCGAUGUUUUUGUCGGCGCCGACCAAAAUCAAGCAAUUGCUCAGGAAAUCUCUGGCCGAGUAGUCUAUACGUCACCGGAUCACGAUCUGGCACUCAUCCAAUUGCCUACCGUUCGACCCAAUGUACUACCUGUGUGCACAUUUACCGCAGACGACGAUUGCCAACCGGGCGAUCCCAUUAUAGCCUUGUCCUCUGCACGCGGACGAUGUAUGGUUGCUGAAGGUCUGGUCAUCAAACAAGAUAAGCGCCAAAACCUGAUCAAUUGCAAUGAGUUCGCGGAGUUUACUAAUCUUAUUGGCGACACUACCGAUCUUUUAGUCCAUAGCGGGUUUAUUGGUAGCGGUUAUUCGGGUGGUCCAGUGGUCAACAUGUCUGGACAGAUUGUGGGCGUACAUAUGGCUAGUAUGCACUGUUCAUCACAUUUUGGUUUGGCUAUUGGCGCUAAAAACGUUAUGGAUUUCAUAGAAGAAGGCAAACAGUAUCUAUUGACCGAAAAUGUUAAAUUCAUACAAGGGUUAGACAAAAAGCACCGGCAGUUUAUUAAACGAAAAACAUUAGGUAUUGUUUUGGAGGGUAACCAUAUAGUAGGCAUCACAUUUGCUGCACAGACUAUUAGACAAUUAUUAAGAGUGACCGACAAAAUUGUUUCCUAUGAUAACAUCAUAUGUACGAUACCGGAGACACUGUCCGAUUAUGUGCAACAAUUGCCGGAUAAUAUAGAAAUAUCACUUACCAUAUAUCGAUCAAAUGGUCAAAUUUUUUCAAUCAAAUGCCAGCCCAUAAAUUGUGAACAGUUUAAGUGUUAG